ACAUAUGCACACACAGGGACCUGCAUUCCUACUGUCACCUCUAGACACUGACUCUCCGGAUCCCAACAGCCUGAGGUCGGUGUGACUGUCCUGGAGCUGCCCAAUAAGGAAGGGCCAGGGAGAAGGGCAGGCUCCCUCCUCCCAGCCAGAAAGAGUUAAUUGCCAGAUCCUGGCUGUCAGCCUCCAACGCAGCCCUAAUAGGCCUGAUCUCAGGCGGCCACUGGGACUGCAGAGACUGCAGGUCAGGCCCUGGCUGCGCAGAGUAGUGGGGACAUUCUUCCAAGGUAAUGAUUAAGCUGAGUGCUUGGAAAGGGCACAGGCAGUCAAGCCAGGAAGGUGAGUCCUAUUCACACCUCGGCCAGGCUGUGGUGGCCGGGACUGGUUUGGGAAGGCAGGGCCCCAGGGAACUGGGGCCCUGAGCCGGCAGCCAGAACCUCCCACUGCACAGAAGCAUUUGAGAGCAUCUCAGGCCAGAGCCUCUGUUGUUUGCCCUACUGGGACCCUGCACUUGCCCUUGGCACCAUGAAGCUGCAGGUGUUCUGGACUGGGCUGGAAUACACCUGCCGGCUCCUAGGCAUCACCACUGCUGCAGUGUUGAUCAGCGUGGGCACUGAGACCUUCUUCCAGGGGCAGUUCAAAAGCCUGGCUUUCUACCUGCUAUUUAUAGGAGCCGCCAUCUCCGUGUGUGAAGGGGCCUACUUUGUGGCUCAUCUGCUGGCAAUAUGCUUCCGGUGUCAGCCUGGGUCCCUGGCUUACAGAGCAAGGGAGAAGGCCCACUGGCUGGGCUGCUUUCAGAAGUUCCUUGCCUACAUGCUGCUGUCCGUGGCCUGCUUUCUCCAUCCUGUCCUGGUCUGGCAUGUGACCAUCCCAGGUUCCAUGCUCAUCAUCACUGGCCUGGCCUCUUUCCCAAAAAAGAAGAGUAAAGCUGCCCCUGAGGUGCUAGCCCCUCCAGAGCAGUACACAGACCCCUCUAGCAGCGCCAUUAGCACCACUGGUUCUGGGGACACUGAGCAAACCUACACUUUCCGCGGAUCCCUCAAGGAGGGGCCCAGCUCCCUCUUCAUCCACAUGAAGAGCAUUCUGAAGGGAACUAGGAAGCCCAGUGCUUUCCAGUGCCCCGAUGCCCUGACAGAGCUGACGCUGGAGCCAGCUGACUCUCUGGCCAAGAAGAAGCAGGUACACUUUGAAGACAGUGUGGUCAGGAUCAUCCCAGCCCUCACUGAAGGCCUAGAAGAUGAGGACAGUGAGCCAGAGGAAACCACCUCUGACACCACCCCUAUCAUCCCUCCACCUCAGACAAAAAAGUCUUCUCUCGGGCACUGGCCUCUACUGAACUGCUUGCUCCAGCCUAGGGGACACUCAGGAGCACAGAGUCUUCGCAGGUCAGCUCUUCAAUGGGUAACCAGAUAUCCUGUGAUGACUGGGCCUCUGGGGCCAUCAAGUAGCCUGUCUGGUCUUGCAGAAGCCUUGAGGGAAGUACAAAUGAAGCCCACGCUGCCUCAAGCCAGCACAAGUUCCUCCUUCUGGACACAGAGUGGAAAAACCCUUGUGCUUUCCCCCAAAGAGAUCGUCACACCCACUUCACACAAGGCUGCCUCAGCCCCAGGAGAAGCCACCAGGCUUCUUCUGCUCCUGACACAGAGCCCAGCACUUAGCAAGGACUUGGCCUGUCCCAUCUCUGAGGCAAGAUCUCCGUUCUGA